ACAGAACGCGUCAGAACGAGACAAAUCUCAAAAUGAUAUUUCUUUAUGUCAUACUUCUCGCUAUUUUUCUCCAAGUUAGCGAAGUCGAGCCGGAUAUAUACCGUAAAAGCAAUUCACGUUGCGACAAAAUCGUCAGUUUCAGAGCGUCACGGAACGUCUCAUACACGGAGAGUUAUCGAGUCAGUAAAUGGGCAAUUUUUUACGAAACAAAAUACCGAUGGAGAUACAGAAAAGAGUAUUACACCGACUAUCGUAUUGAGAAAAUGUGUUGCCCUACGUAUGAGAUGAAAUUGGACGAAUGCUACCCUGUCUGCUCUCCUGAGUGCACGAAUGGCUAUUGCGUCGAGGAUGCGUACGGUAACGAUCACUUUUGUCACUGUUACAUGGACUACGUUUUGUCUACAGCAAACAAACAUGUUUGCGAACCAUUUUGUCCUAACUGUGAAAAUGGAAAAUGCAUGACUCCGUACGAGUGCGAGUGCAAUCCGGGGUACCAAAACCAGGGUAUUAAGAACUGCCAGCCGAUCUGCAGUAAGCCGUGCGUAAAUGGCUUCUGUGGAGCACCGGAACUUUGCACUUGUGACAAAGGUUACAAGUUACUGGAUAAUUCGACGUACACCUGUGAGCCAGUCUGUGAGAAAAUUUGCGUGAACGGCAAGUGUACGGGGCCUAAUACCUGCACUUGUCACGAUGGCUACGUACAAACAGACGAGAACUCGAAACACCUGUGCGUGCCAUUUUGCGAAAUUCCUUGUGCACCGUACGGAGAGUGCACUGCUCCUAACAUCUGCACUUGCGUCGAGGGCUAUCGAUUUGAUAAUAGGAGUUACAUAAUGAAUACGGAAUUCUUCGCCAAUAAAUCGGCCUGUAUACCUAUCUGCGAGCAGACCUGCGUAAACGGAUACUGCAGUGCGCCAAAUGAAUGUAGCUGCCAUCCUGGUUACGCAAAAUCAAAAACUAAGAGGAACGUUUGUGAGCCUGUCUGCGAAGAAGGUUGCGUGAAUGGGUACUGCAGUUAUCCAAAUACAUGCAAAUGUAACCCAGGCUAUAAACCUCACACAACGAAUCAUUGUGUACCAAUCUGCGAAAAACCUUGCAAAUACGGGCACUGUAUCGGCCACAACAUAUGUGCUUGCGAAGACGGCUACCAUCUAACCGCAGACGACUCCUUCGUCUGUGAACCGACGUGCGAAGAAGAAUGUCACUUUGGAACUUGCGUUAAACCUAACGAAUGCGCUUGCAACGAUGGAUACUCGAAAAAAAACCGGACCGUGUGCGAACCUGUGUGUACAGAGCCGUGUAUCAACGGGUACUGCGGUGCUCCUGGGAUAUGCGCUUGCAAUUCUGGCUACAAAUUCUCACACAAUUCUAGUACCAUCUGCGAACCUGUCUGCGACCGCUUGUGCUUCAAUGGAUUCUGCAGCGAACCCAACAAAUGCAAGUGUCUAGUAGGGUACCGGCAACUGGAAAAUAACUUCAAUGCUUGUGGACCGAUCUGCGAGGAAGGCUGUGUCAACGGAUAUUGCACUCGUCCAAACGAGUGCACGUGUGAACCAGGCUAUCGAUCCUCGAAGAAUAAUUCAAAUGUUUGCGAACCUGUUUGUACACAGCCUUGUGAGAAUGGAUUCUGCAGCGCACCGGAGAAAUGCAAUUGCAAGGAAGGUUACAGUCUAUCCUGGGACAUUCCGAACGUUUGCGAACCUGUAUGCACGGUAUCGUGCGGUGUUAAUGGGAUCUGCGUUGCACCAGACAGCUGCAAAUGCAAAGAGGGUUAUGAAUCGGUGGGUAACGAGACUGCGUUUACCUGUGAACCUGUUUGCGACUUUGACUGCGGAAACGGUACUUGCACAUCUCCGAACGAGUGCACUUGCCACGCGGGUUACGCGAAAGACGCAGAAGAUCACUGUCAGCCAUUCUGCGAAUUUUGCACCAAUGGAACCUGCGUGCAACCUGAAGUCUGCGAAUGUGACGAAGGUUUCGUUCUAAUGGAAAGAGAAAAUCGAAGCGUCUGCGAACCAUAUUGCAAGAACUGCUUCAAUGGAGUAUGCGUAGCACCCGGUGAUUGUCGAUGCAACGCUGGUUUUGUGAAAACAGAUACUGAUAAUUCAAACGACGGUAACGACUGUGUCAGCGCGUGUAAGAAUAAUUGCAACGACCAUGGAGUUUGCGAUGUCAAUAACAGAAACUGCCACUGUUAUUACGGGUGGGAUGGAAUGGACUGUGGGGAAACACGAUUUUGUAUCGCGACGAUGAACCACACAAACGAACGCUUAAACGCAUCGAACAUCAAGUACGAUGUAAACAACACGAUCGCUUACGUAGUUGAAAAUAGUCCAAUGUGCCACCAUGAUUGUUUAGACAAAAUCAGUAACGAGACUUUGUGCUUUGGAAAGUACGAGAACAACACAGAGGAUGAUACGAUCUCCUGUCUGAUCGAUUCCAACUGUUAUCGAGUGUACGCAACACGCACAAAAGGCCUAAGUUACGUAUCGAUAUCUGGAAUCGUGGGUGCUACGGUGAUUACUGGUAGCGCCGCUAUAAUCUACGCGUUGAUACGAAUGAGCUUGAGGAAGAAAAUUUCUUCUGAUAAUACGCCAACAACGUCGACCCAGGAACAACAAAUUGCUCGUAUGAACGAAAGGACGAGAAAUAUGAGAUACAUUAGUGGUAUAGUCUUUAUAAACUCUAUCCUUAUAACAGGCGUAAUAAUGUCGUCGUGGUCGACCAGGCAACCGAAAAACGAGUUGGAUGAUUCGGACCAUGAGUGCACCGUGAGCUUCAGUCGGAGGGAAGAACGAUUCGUGCCGUAUACGGAAACGUACAAGGCUCGGAAAUGGGGACUUUUUUAUGUGAUUAAGACUCGAACAAACUACAGGAGCGAGUACAGAACCACUUGGGUGACCGAGAAAAAGUGCUGCAGCGGUUACGUGAAAAGUGACAACGUCUGCGUGCCAGUAUGCUCGGUUCCUUGCAUCAAUGGAAGAUGCGUAAAACCAAAUACAUGCGAAUGCGAACAAGGAUUUAGUCACCAGUAUCUACCGUUCUUGUGCGAGCCAGUAUGCGAAGGGAACUGCACGAACGGCGUUUGCCAGUCUCCCAAUAAAUGCAUGUGCAACAUUGGCUACGAAUUGUCCGCUGACAAGUUGCACUGUGAACCAAUUUGCCAGCAAAAUUGCGAACAGCUAAAUGCUCGUUGCAUGGGGCCGAACCAUUGCGUCUGCAAUCCCGGCUACGAGCUAUCCGAUUUACUGUGCAAGCCGAUUUGUAAAAUGCCAUGUGAAAAUGGCAAGUGCACAGCGCCGGACGUUUGCACUUGCAACGAUGGUUACGAACUUACGGAUAUGUUCACCUGCACGCCUAAGUGCGAGCAACCUUGUAAAUACGGCAAUUGCACGGCACCAAACAAUUGUAUAUGCAACCCAGGAUACCAACAGAACGAAGCCAAGGACUGUGAGCCGAUCUGUAGCAAACCCUGCGUGAAUGGAACUUGUAUCGCCCCGGAAGUCUGCAGCUGCGACCCAGGUUACGGAUUAUUGAACGAUUCCAAGUAUGUUUGCGAGCCAAUGUGCGAAAAGGCUUGCGUAAAUGGAACCUGCACAGCACCUGACAUCUGUUCUUGCCACGACGGCUACCAAGUUAGCAGUGAUGACACGAUGAAGCACGUGUGCGAGCCAAUUUGCGAGAAACCUUGCGGAAACGGAGCGUGCACCGCGCCAGGAGUUUGCAACUGCACGGAGGGUUACUGGUUCGAGGAAGAGGAACGAACGUGCGUACCGUUUUGCAAGAUUCCUUGUGAACCUGGCGGAACAUGCGUGGCACCGGACACUUGCAGUUGCUUCGAUGGAUAUCGAACGAUCGAUACGAACGUGAAGGAAAACGAAGUCCUAGACAAAAUUACAGAUGGGUAUACAUCAACCUGUGAACCUAUCUGCGAACCAAGUUGUGAACAUGGUAAAUGCACGGCGCCGAAUUUCUGCACUUGCAAUGACAACUACACACGAUCUUCAGAUGGUCGGUGCAUGCCAAUCUGUUCCUCCUGUGAAAACGGUAUCUGCGUUGCGCCACAUGUAUGCCAGUGUUUAGAAGGUUUCGUCAAGGAAUCCGAAGGCUCGUGCGUAGCAUUUUGCGAAAAUAGCUGCGAGAACGGAAAAUGCGUGGCACCAAACGAGUGCCGAUGCGAUGUUGGCUUCGAAAUGAGUGCGAAUGGUACCUGCGUUAAGCCGUGUACACGCGUUUGCAAAGGUCAUGGAGUAUGCGUGGAGGACGAGAAACCUUGUGAAUGUUCUUACGGAUGGACAGGGUGGGAUUGUGACCAACCCACUGUGUGCAUUUUAGUAAUGGAUUUCGACGAUAAGACCGUCAAUCAACUCACGGUCCACAAUGAGACGAAUAGCACGCAAAUGGAUGCCAGACAUUACGCACCGUAUUGCUACCAAUGCAAAGACACAGAGGGCAACAAAAGUUUCUGCUUUACUAUAACCUCCGACCAUGGUCCAUCGACGAUUGGUUGCUUUGUCGAAAGAGAAUCGCCGUGCUACCUAUCUAUGUAUCACAGCAGCACCAACACAGUGUCCAGGAUGGUUGGAACAUUAACAGCAAUUACGAUCUUAAUAAUAGCGACCGCAACAACGGCAACGUAUUUCUUCAUUCGUAGACAACGGAAAAUAAAGACGCGCGCAGCCAUCGUGCAAAAUGAUCUGUAUCGAGAAGCUAUCACACACGAAGCAAACGAAUGUCUCAUUUCGGAAGAGGAAAGUCACGAUGCAAUCGUGAACGACACUGAGAUAAAUUAGAACGAACAAGGAAAGUAGGAAUCGGUAUUGAACGAGAAUUUUCUCCUAGUGAAUUCUCGGAGGAUAAGAAGAUAUACAGGCGAUAUACAACCUUCAGGAGGUGUACGAUAUCAUCGCGUGAAGAACAGAACACCUACGACGAUAGUAUUAAUACUUGAAACGCUACCUUCUGUAUUAAAUAUACGAAAACGUUCUACAAAAGAAAA